GGUUUCAAAAAUUCAAAACUAUCACAACUAGUCUAUAUAAGAUCUGUGACCUUCGUUGGUGAAAAACCGUUAGUACUGGCUGAAAAAUAGGAAUGGCAACGGUUUCUAGAUGGAGUCUUGGAGGCAUGACCGCUCUUGUCACUGGUGGCUCUAAAGGCAUCGGGGAAGCUGUGGUGGAGGAACUAUCUAUGAUGGGAGCAAGAGUCCACACAUGUGCCAGAGACGAAACUCAGCUUCAAGAACGCUUACGUGAGUGGCAAGCAAAAGGGUUUCAGGUCACCACUUCUAUUUGUGACGUUUCUUCCCGUGAGCAACGAGAGACACUCAUGGAAACCGUUUCAUCUCUCUUCCAAGGAAAACUCAACAUCCUUGUAAACAAUGCGGGAACGUAUAUAUCCAAGCCGACCACAGAGUAUACAGCAGAAGAAUAUUCGUUUAUAAUGGCUACAAAUCUCGAGUCAUCUUUCCAUCUCUCACAGCUCGCGCACCCUUUGUUGAAAGCCUCUGGCUCAGGGAGCAUCGUGCACAUGUCCUCCGUAGCUGGAGUCGUGCAUGUCAAUGUUGGAUCCAUCUAUGGAGCAACCAAAGGAGCCAUGAAUCAGCUGGCUAGAAACUUAGCUUGCGAAUGGGCGAGCGACAACAUAAGGACUAACGCUGUUUGUCCCUGGUUAAUCAAAACUCCUUUGGCUAAUGAUCUUCUCAAUGAUGAAGAGAUUAAAAAAGAAGUGGAGAGUAGGACACCAAUGGGGCGUGUUGGAGAGACAAAUGAAGUCUCAUCGCUUGUGGCAUUUCUUUGUCUUCCUGCAGCUUCUUACAUAACUGGUCAAGUCAUUUGCGUUGAUGGAGGUUUCACUGUUAAUGGCUUCUCCUAUCAGCCACAUGCUUAAUACACAUGUAUGCAUGUGCUAUAUAAAAAUAUCUUGACGCCCUAAAUGUCGUGGUCACUAUGUGACAAAUGAGAUUUUGUGGUGGCAGAGGGAUAGGGACAUAGGGUCCGUUUUUUUUUUUCUCUGUAUUUAUUCUUGUGGUGAGUGAGAGUUUUAAUAUCUGAAUAAUAUUUUAUCUGUUGUUUUUAAACAUGUUUUCUUUAUUAAUUUGAAUCACAUAUUACAUAUGUACCAA